AUGGACAACCAUGAGAAAGUAGCAGAAGACGAAGCUUCUCGCCAAGUCUCCAAUGGAAUUGUACACGAUGACAAGAAUGGACCGGUCAAUCUCGCGAUUCCACCCAGACUGCGACGCCUUCACGACCCAGAGGUCUCGUUUCAAGAAUAUCAACACUACGCACGUAUUACUAGAGCAGAACAGGAUGCGCUGCCCAAACCGACUGGGAAAAAGAAUCUGCUGAUGUAUCUCAUCCCGAAUCUGCAAAAGGCAGAAACAGGGCCAGCAGAUGUUGCUGUUCGCCCCGACGUCAAUACUUCGGACAUUGAGCAGCGCAAAACUAUUACCGAUGAAGAGUGGACGAAUGCCUCUAGAGCUUUGAGAACUGCUGGUACCGGUGCCAUAUUCUAUCUCAUUACCACCGAUAUCUUGGGCCCCUUUGGACUGCCCUACGCAUUCGCUACAACAGGUUGGGGACCGGGCACUGCUCUUUAUACUGUAUUUGGGUUCAUGGCAGGUUUCUCCGGUUAUCUGCUCUGGGAUUGCUUCAUGGGACUUGAUUCUUUCCAAUUUCCAGUCAAAUCUUUCGGAGACAUUGGCUUCCGUGUGUAUGGGACAUGGUGCCGCUACCUGUUCAACAUCCUCCAAGCCAUCCAGCUUAUCUGCAACGUCGGUGCCAUCAUCAUUUCCAACGGAGAAGCACUCUCAGAAGCUGCCAAAUUCAAGCUAUGUUACGCAAUCUGCUGUCUUGUAUGGGCUCUCGCCGGCUUCGUCCUGGGCCAAAUCCGCACAUUGCAAAAGUUCACCUGGCUCGCCAACGUCGCCGUCUUUCUCAAUCUAACCAUCAUGUUCAUCACAAUGGGCGCCGCAGCACAUACAGAUCCCCUCUAUUCUGCAUCCGCCUCAUCGGCUGGGUAUUCUAUUGACCCUGCCCUUGUUACUCCCGUCAAUGGCACGUAUCCUCCGGUCCAGCACAGCGGAGGUCUUCCCUCCUCCAAUUUUGCUGCCUCACUCAACGGAGCCAUGCAAGCAGUCUACUCAUACGGCGGAUCCAUGAUCUUUCCGGAGUUCAUGGCCGAGAUUAGACGACCAAGAGAUUUCCUGAAAGGGAUGUGGUCUGCUCAGCUCUUCAUUUACGUCUGCUAUAUGCUCUACGGGCUUUUCAUGUACGGAUAUCAGGGACAAUAUGUCCAAACGCCCGCAUACCUCGGCAUUUCUGCCUAUGGGCUGCAGACCGCCGGUAACUCCUUGGCCAUUGUAUCGGCUCUCAUUGCUGCUACGCUCUACGGUAACAUUGGUAUCAAAGUCCUGUAUAACAACGUGCUUGUCGAGUUCUUCAAGGCGCCUCCUCUGGAAAGCAAACGGGGCAGAUACAUUUGGUUUGCUCUUGUGCCAAUCUACUGGUCCGUCGCCUACGUAAUCGGCGCAUCGAUUCCCGAUUUUGCUGGAUUCACCGGCAUCGUCGCUGCUGUCUGUAUCUUACAGUUCACGUAUUCUUUCCCACCGCUUCUGCAUUUAGGCUACCAAAUUCAGAAGUCCGCCAUGGAAGGGGAAACAGGUUUUGACGCCAGCACUGGUGAGCUUGCGGUGCAGGAUCGUGGAAUCAAGCGCUGGGUUCGUGGUUUCUUAGGGAAGCGUUGGUAUCUCAACGUCUUUAAUCUUUUGUACUUUCUUGGUGCAAUGGCUCUGUGUGGUCUCGGUAUCUACGCCUCGGUGAAAAACUUGAUUCAGAUUUACGCGGUCCCUCAGCUGAAUGCGUUUGGUUGCACAUCCCCGUUGGAGGUUUCUGCAUGA